GAGGGAACCGUGUGCCUUCUCUCACCAUCCACCUGCCAUUAUCAUUUCUCCCUCCUCUUCUUCCAUCUUGCCGGCCUGUCUCCGCCGCGCUCACACAGCUCACAAACCAACGAGAAAUCGAAGUCGACCUCAGCCGCGGGCUGCGGCUGCGUGCGAGCACUCUAUUGGAGCAGUGGCGCCGUGCCGUCAAUGGCGGGCCUCGGGUUCGAGGAGACCGAGCUCCGGCUCGGCCUGCCCGGCGGCAACGACGCCGGGGAUGCCGCGGCGGCGAGGAAGCGGGGUUUCGAGGAGACCAUCGACCUCAAGCUGAAGCUGGAGCAGCCGGCGGCGCCGCACUUGGAGAAGGAGGAGGAGGCUGGCGCUGGCGACGCCGUCGCCCCCGGCGCGGUCCCACUGUCGUCGCCUCCAGCAGCCAGCACCGCCGGCGCAGGUACGGCCAUGAAGAGGUCGCCGAGCCAGAGCAGCGUGGUCACCGCCGACGCGCCGCCGGACCCCGAAAAGCCUCGCGCCCCCAAGGCACAGGCGGUGGGCUGGCCGCCCGUCCGGUCGUUCCGCAAGAGCAUCCUGGCCGUCCAAUCCCAGAGAAGUGGAGGCGACGACAAGGUCAACGGCGGCAAGACGUCACCGGCGUUCGUGAAGGUGAGCAUGGACGGCGCGCCGUACCUGCGCAAGGUGGACCUGAGGACGUACGGGAGCUACCAGGAGCUGUCCAAGGCGCUCCAGAAGAUGUUCAGCUCCUUCACCAUCGGCAGCUGCGGGCCGCAGGGGAUGAUGAACGAGGAGACGAAGCUGCAGGCGGACCUAGUGAGCGGCUCCGACGACUACUUGCCCACGUACGAGGACAAGGACGGCGACUGGAUGCUCGUCGGCGACGUCCCCUGGGAGAUGUUCGUGGAGUCGUGCAAGCGCCUCCGGAUCAUGAAAGGAUCGGAAGCCGUCGGCCUCGCACCCAGGGCGAUGGACAAGUGCAACAACAGCUGCUGAGCAAGGCAUAUUAUUGCGGCAAUGCAAGCGUCUCCAGCCGGUAUCAAUUAACUGCAACGGUGGAUAAUGUAUUAUUACUGCUUCUACUCCACUCUGUAUCAUAAUUGUUGUUUACUACCCUGAACUCCUGAAGGUCUGCACAUGCAUCAUCGUCUCAUUGAGGCGUGUACGGCUCCAUGUAUUAGUGUAUAUUUCUUUCUCUCUCCUUUUUUUAGGGACUCUCUCCAUUCCAUGUGUCAUAUAUAUUGCGUCGUUAUGUUUCAUCUUGUUAAUUAUAUGAAGAGUAUGUAUAUACACACACACACACGUAACAAAGAUGGUGUGAUCGAUAUGUAUGGUUCCUUUUAAUUUUGCAUA